AUGCUUAAAAGAUUUUUAUCAUCUACUGCCUCCAGAAGAGUGGCCAACGUCCUCGACGAAAAAAUCUACCAAGUUACCACAUAUGCUAGACCUGAUGAUCUAUGUAUUACCAGAGGCCAAAAUGCUAAGCUUUACGACGAUUUGAAUGGUAAGGAAUAUAUUGAUUUUACUGCUGGUAUUGCAGUCACUGCUCUAGGUCACUCGAAUCCAAAAGUAGCAGAAAUUUUAUACAAGCAGGCCAAUAAACUGGUUCAUUCUUCAAAUCUUUAUUAUAACAAGGAAUGUCUGGAUUUAAGUGCUAAUCUGAUUAAAAAGACGAAACAGCUCGGUGGUCAAUUUGAUGCUUCAAAGGUUUUCCUGUGUAAUUCUGGUACUGAAGCUAACGAAGCAGCUUUAAAAUUUGCCAAGAAACAUGGUAUUACUAUUAAUCCAAAGAAGCAAGGUAUUAUUGCUUUCCAAAACUCUUUUCACGGACGUACCAUGGGUGCUCUAUCUGUCACUUCUAAUCCCAAGUACAGAACUCCCUUUGGUGAUUUAAUUCCAAACGUUUCGUUCUUGAACGUUAACGAUGAACUUACGAAACUUAAGGAUUACAUUAGCUCCAACAAGAAUGAGUUGGCUGGUUUGAUUGUGGAACCAAUUCAAGGUGAAGGUGGUAUCUUCCCAAUUCCUUCUGAAAAAUUGACUGGUUUAACACAGAUCUGUAAAGAUAACGAUGUUAUUGUCAUUUACGAUGAAAUCCAAUGUGGUUUGGGUCGUACCGGUAAAUUCUGGGCACAUGCCCACCUACCAAAAGAAGCUCACCCAGAUAUUUUCACCUCUGCAAAGGCCCUAGGUAAUGGUUUCCCGAUCGCCGCUACCGUAGUCAAUGAAAAGGUUAACAACGCAUUAAAGGUCGGUGACCACGGUACAACUUACGGAGGUAACCCAUUGGGAAGUGCUGUAGGUAACUACGUCCUAGACGUUAUCGGUGAUGAAAAAUUCUUGAAACAAGUUGAAGCCAAGGGUAAAAUCUUGGAAGCUGGCUUACGUGAGCUACAGAAGAAAUUCCCAGAACAAAUCAAGGACAUCAGAGGCCAAGGUUUAAUCAUUGGUGCUGAAUUCGCCGAACCACCAACUGAAGUGAUCAAGAAAGCUAGAGAUUUGGGUCUGUUGGUGAUCACCGCUGGUAAGAGCACCGCCAGAUUUGUUCCCGCUCUGACUAUCGAAGACGAAACGAUCCAUGAAGGUUUGAAAAUCUUUGAAAAGGCCGUUGAAUCCGUCUACAAAUAA